AUGGCGUCAAAGCCCGAAACCACGAACGAUCUCCCAAAAGUCCAUCGCUUCAUCACAACCCACGACCCCACAACCAAGAAAGCCAUCUUCUCUGAUGCCGUCCCAGAAGAAGCUAAAGUCGACCAUAUUCCUGGUGCUGACUUCCGGCUCGGAUAUGUUACCAAGGGAUUUCCGGUCGAUCUGAACAAAGACGCCGACCUUGCAGUUUACAAGCCUUACCUCGAAUCGCCUCCAGGCCUGGUCUCUUCAGGGGGAACCGUUCUACGAUUCGUCGAUGUGGCGCCUGGUCACCUGUCGCCAAUGCAUCGCACAGUCUCUUUAGAUUACGGUGUCGUGUUGGAAGGUGAAAUGGAGUUGGUGCUAGAUUCUGGAGAGACAAGAUUGAUGAAGAGAGGAGAUGUUGCAAUUCAGAGGGGCACAAUGCACGCUUGGAGGAACACCAGCUCUACAUCUUGGGGUCGCAUGAUGUAUGUUCUCCAAGAAUGCAAACCGGUAGAGGUCGAGGGUGAAGUCUUGAAAGAGGACUACGGGAGCAUGAAGGGUGUUCCAGCAUCAUCAUAG